UGUGGGAAGCGAGGUCGAGAGCGAUCGAGCGGACUCGGGAGCUGCAGAAAGCCCUGCGGAGCUGCGGUGCCGCCGCCGCCGGUAGCGCCAUGCGAGUCCCCGACCCGAGACCCUGGGCCCUCCUGUUUCUGGUGGACGUCGCCUUUCUCUGGCUGCUUCAGGGGACUGUGGGGGCUCUGCUUCCCCAAGGGCUUUCAGGAGUGUGGCUGGAAGGGACCCUGCGACUUGGAGGGCUGUGGGGGCUGCUGAAACUGGGAGGGCUGCUGGGAUUUGAGGGGACACUGCUGCCCCUGCUCUGCCUGGCGACCCCCAUGUUUCUCUCCCUGAGAGCCCUGGCCUUGGGGGGGGCCUCGAGCGCUUCCUCAGUCAGAGUGGCUUCAGCCUCUUGGAGCUGGCUGCUGGUGGGGUAUGGGGCCGCAGGGCUAAGCUGGGCCGUCUGGGCUGUGCUGAGCCUUCCAGGAGCCCAGGAGGGGGAGCAGGGCCCGCAGAACAACAGAGCCUUGAUGUGGAGGCUGGUGAAGCUCUCCAGGCCAGACCUGCCUUUCCUCGCCGCUGCCUUCUUCUUCCUUGUUGUUGCUGUUUUGGGGGAGACUUUGAUCCCUCACUAUUCUGGUCGCGUGAUUGACAUCCUAGGAGGUGAUUUUGACCCCGAGGCCUUUGCCAGUGCCAUCUUUUUCAUGUGCCUCUUCUCCAUUGGGAGCUCACUGUCUGCAGGCUGCCGGGGGGGCACCUUCACCUUCACCAUGUCCAGAAUCAACUUGAGGAUCCGGGAGCAGCUUUUCUCCUCCCUGCUCCGCCAGGACCUUGGUUUCUUCCAGGAGACUAAGACAGGGGAGCUGAACUCGCGGCUGAACUCGGACACCACCCUGAUGAGCAACUGGCUUCCUCUGAAUGCCAACGUCCUCUUGCGAAGCAUGGUGAAGGUGGUGGGGCUGUACGGCUUCAUGCUCAGUGUGUCACCUCAGCUCACUCUUUUCUCUUUGCUCGACAUGCCCCUCACAAUAGCAGCUGAGAAGGUGUACAGUGCCCGCCAUCAGGCAGUGCUUCAGGAGAUCCAGGAUGCGGUGGCCAGGGCAGGGCAGGUGGUGCGGGAGGCAGUUGGAGGGCUGCAGACUGUGCGCAGUUUUGGGGCUGAGGAGCAUGAAGUCUGUCGCUAUAAGGAGGCCCUUGAAAGAUGCCGGCAGCUGUGGUGGCGACGAGACCUGGAACGAGCCCUGUACCUGCUGUUACGGAGGCUGCUGCACUUGGGAGUGCAGGUGCUGAUGCUGAGCUGCGGGCUGCAGCAGAUCCUGGCUGGGGAGCUCACCCGGGGCGGGCUGCUCUCCUUCCUGCUCUACCAGGAGGACGUGGGGCAUUAUGUGCAAACCCUCGUCUACAUGUGUGGAGAUAUGCUGAGCAAUGUGGGAGCUGCCGAGAAGGUUUUCCGCUACUUGGAUAGAAAGCCAAAUCUGCCCCCACCGGGGACACUGGCCCCUUGCACUCUGCAGGGGCUUGUGGAAUUCCAAGAUGUCUCCUUUGCAUACCCCAAUCGCCCGGACCAGCCUGUGCUCAAGGGGCUGUCAUUCACCCUACGUCCUGGUCAGGUGACGGCGCUGGUGGGACCCAAUGGGUCUGGGAAGAGCACAGUGGCUGCCCUGCUGCAGAAUCUGUACCAGCCCACUGGGGGGCAGGUGCUGCUGGACGGGGAGCCAGUCUCACACUAUGAGCACCGCUACCUGCACAGCCAGGUGGCUUUGGUUGGGCAGGAGCCUGUGCUGUUCUCGGGUUCUGUGAAGGAGAACGUUGCUUAUGGGCUGCAAAGCUGUGGGGACGAUAAGGUGAUGGCUGCCAUCCAGGCCGCCCAUGCGGAUGACUUCAUAAGUGAAAUGGAGCAUGGAAUACAUACAGAUGUAGGGGAGAAAGGCAGCCAGUUGGCUGUGGGACAGAAACAACGUCUGGCCAUUGCCCGGGCCCUUGUGCGGGACCCACAGGUCCUCAUCCUGGACGAGGCCACCAGCGCACUGGAUGUCCAGUGUGAGCAGGCUCUGCAAGACUGGAAAUCCCGUGGGGACCGAACGGUGCUGGUGAUCGCUCACAGGCUGCAGACGGUUCAGAGCGCGGACCAGAUCCUCGUGCUGGAUCAGGGAGAGCUGCGGGAGCACGCCCAGCUCAUGGAGGGGCAGGACCUCUAUUCCCGCCUGGUGCAGCAGCAGCUGGAGGCCUGAGGACAGGGACACUGGGCCCUUCUCAGGGCCAUCUCCUCUCCACGACAGAGUAGCUCCUGGUCUGAGUUUCUUUGGGGCUUUGCCCCUGUGUAGUUGUUCCUGGAGCUGAAGGCAGGAUGGAGAUU